CAGGAAUGAUCGUCCGGCUACAGGCGGCGAGGAAAGGGUUAAGGGCCUUUUUGACUGAAGAGCUGUGGAUGCAGUUUGCGUAAUAUCUUUAUUACUGAGAACUUCAAGGAAUGAAUGCUGAUACUUGUGUUUCUUAUUGUGAUCCGGCUGCCAUGGAUUCCUACUACAACGCAGCCUCCCAGAGCACAGAGGGCUCCUCGCCUUUUAGGGCAUUUCAAGCAAGUGACAAGUUCAGCCCUGCUUUCCUGGCCAGCAAAGGACAAGGCUUUGGUGACAGCAGCAGUAAGUGCCGGAGCCGCUAUAGCCAGCAGGAAUGCCAGUCCCUGGAUGGCAGCGGGCAGGCUCCCAGCUCUGCUGGGGCACAAGGCUCCUUUAACAAAUACCAGCAGCAGCAGCAGCAGCAUCUCUACAUGCCGCGAGGCCCCUGCAAAACUCCCCCGGAGAGCAACCUCAAGCUGCAGGAGACCAGCAACCACAACGGAGCCCUGCAGGUCUCCUGCUACGGGAAAGAGAGCUCCUUGGGAGAGGCUGAGUUACAGUCAAGCUCUGACCCUGCGGGAAUGGACGGCAGCUACCUCAGUGUGAAGGAGGCCGGGGUGAAGGUGCCCCAGGACAGAGCCAGCACUGACCUCCCCAGCCCCAUGGACAAGGCCGACUCGGAGAGCAACAAGGGCAAGAAGCGGCGGAACCGCACCACCUUCACCAGCUACCAGCUGGAGGAGCUGGAGAAAGUCUUCCAGAAGACCCACUACCCAGAUGUCUAUGCCAGGGAGCAGCUAGCCAUGAGGACUGAUCUCACUGAGGCCCGAGUACAGGUUUGGUUUCAGAACCGACGGGCAAAAUGGAGGAAGCGAGAGCGGUUUGGUCAGAUGCAGCAGGUUCGCACCCACUUCUCAACAGCCUAUGAGCUGCCCCUCCUAACCCGAGCAGAGAACUACGCACAGAUCCAGAACCCAUCCUGGAUUGGCAACAAUGGUGCCGCCUCCCCCGUCCCCGCGUGCGUGGUUCCCUGUGACACGGUGCCCUCCUGCAUGUCCCCCCAUGCUCACCCCCAUGCAGCUGGCGGCGUCUCUGAGUUCCUGAGUGUCUCUGGCCCUGGCAGCCACGUGGGACAGACUCACAUGGGCAGCCUCUUCGGCACCGCUGGGAUCAGCCCGGGCAUCAACGGCUAUGAGCUGAGCGGCGAGCCUGACCGCAAAACCUCCAGCAUUGCGGCCCUGAGGAUGAAGGCAAAGGAGCACAGUGCUGCCAUCUCCUGGGCGACAUGACAGGGCUGCAGCCAAUGCCCUCAAGACACUGACAGAACAAAUGGGGACAACCAAAAAAACCCACCAUCCGCUUGGACUCAAGACAGCCAUUGCCUCCUUGGGGAGCCGAAUGCAGCACUUUUAGCUAUCCUAGGUACGGCGAACACGUACCUUACCGUAAGUGGCGUGUUUCAAACGUACACACAGGGAGCUCCCAGCUUCCUGUGCUCAAGCAGGAUAAAAGGAAGUGGCGGAGUCGCUCCUAUCCCAGCUAGACUUGGGUUUUCUUCUAACAGGUGGUGUUUCCCUUUCACUGUCAUGCUUGUGUUUCCCAAUAACCAGGGCAUUUUUCUCCCUGUGCCUUUUCUGACACCAGAUCAGACUUUCCAAUCAGCCACCCAGCAUUUUCAGUUGGUUUCCCCCUCCCUCCAUCCAUGUAUUGAAGUGUCAUUUCUAAUCCAUUUUAUUCUGUCCCAUAUAGGCAACAGGUGCGGGGGUGAUGCCUGGCACCAGCAAGGAGGCACCUCCUGGUGUGGGCGCAGGGCCAUCACUCUUGGCCUCUUUGCAGGAGUCACAACUAGCGAUCUGAGUUUGCAAUAGAACUGGGGGGAGAAUCUUGGCCCAAAAGAAAGAGAAAUUACCCCCAUUGACUCCUGCCCCGGUUCCGCUCAGUGUUGCACAAGCUUAGCUGAAGCAAAGACUUGCAGAGACGCCAAGGGAGCCUGGGGAAAGGGAUGGUAUGUCUUUUCCUACAGCAGGCCUCAGGGCUAGAGCUAAGUACCACCACUGCUGGAAAAGCUUCAAGUUACAGGCUAAACCUAUCAGCCACACCCUACUUCACUCACCUCCAUUCAGGCUCAUUAAGGGAGAUAGGCGCUUCCCAGUGCCCCUUCCCUGCCUCUUAGGUGCUCAGAGGGGAUUAGCACCCCAUAAACUGAGGCUCCUUUGCCCCUUCUAGGAAAAAGCUGGUGUUAGUUGGUUUGUAAGCACAGGUCCACAGCAGGGAGGGCAUGGCAGGCCUUUAAUCUUCCAUCUGUUUAAAGAGGUGUUUAUCGGGUCAGCAGUUACUGGCAUCUAACUACAGCUAGCAACUGUAUAAGUGCAGCUGCUAUGUGGGCCCCACCUAGCAUGAGUCUGUUGGUCUUCAUAGCAGAAGCAGGAUUCCCUUGAAUCACAGCUCAAGCGCUAGCAUGCGCCCCCUGCUUGCUGGCUUUCAUGUGUUGUGGAAUCCUCCACGCACAGGCAGCCGCUGUCCUGGAGUCAGUACGUACGGAAUGAUCCCUUGUCAUUUCACCACCAUCCUCCUACUGAACAGCAUGCAGUAGGGGGUCAGGGGCCUCCAGUCUGCAUCCUCUGAAAUGCUGGUCAGCAGGGUGCAGACAGGUAGAACCUCCCUGGGCUCUCUGUUUCCUUUGAGUCAAUGGUACUUCUUGAUUUCUCUCUGUAGUUCCUAUUUGUUUCCUGGUACCCGGGGCUGCAUUAACUAUUCAAAGUUAAACUGUAAACCUUUGGGUGAGUUUUCCUGCAAGGCCAAGUUCUUCCCAACCUUUCCAUUGAGUCUGCGGUGCCAGGGAUAGUCUCAGAAGCACCCAUUGCACCAUUGCUUAAAGCCAUGGAUACUUGAAGCAGCACUAGAAACAGCACAGGGUAAUUCUGUCAGCAAAUGUAACACAUGCACAUGCCUCAAGUGAUGAUGUUAAACAGCAUUGGCUAGGGGCAGCUGGCUUUGGCACCUUGGCUUACAAGAAAGAGAAGCUGCAUGAUAGCUUCACCUCUCUCUUAUCACAAGAGCUAGGGUGGACCUGGCUAUCCCAUGUGACGUGGAGGCUCAUUUCAUCCCACGUGUAAAUCCAGUAACUUCCAGAGCAUUCAAUCAGGAUGAACUUGGCCUAACAUGUUAGGGACAAUAGGGAGUGCUAUUGUAGCCAUGUCAGUCCCAGGCUAUUGGAGAGACAACGUGGGUGAGGUUCUUUCAUUGGACCAACGUCUGUUAGGGAGAGAGACUUGUCUUUCUCCCUAACAGUAGUUGGUUCAAUGGAAGACAUUCCCACAACUCCUUGUCUCUGGGUGCUAGGAAGUCAGUUCAUUUGAGAGUAUUAAGGGUUCUUUUCAGAGUCUCGUUUCACAAUGGUUUGGAAUGUCUCCAAAGAAACUACUUCCAAAAUUCAGGUUUCUGGCUAUGUGUAUAUAUUAUUAUUAUUUAUGUACUGCCUAGCACAUUGCUGUGCCCUAUAUAAAUAAUACAGCUAUAUUAGAUCUAACAUUCAUAUGUAUUUAUUAGACUAAUUGAAACUAAUACUUCUGUCUCUUUUUUCCUCAAAAGUCUUUGGGGUCAGUAGAAUUCUAAGCGAAUCUUUCCCCCACACUCAGCAAUUGGGACAUGCACGUAUCCAGACGUCCAUGUGAGUCUAUGUCAGCCAAGGAUGAGCAGGAGUUGUGCCGCAGGGUAGAAGAUUAGCUUAACGAUCAGCCAGCAGUUCUCAAACUUCAUUGCAACCCCCUUCUAACAACAAAAAUUACUCCACAACCCCAGGAGA